AUGGCGCUAAGACCUUGUCUCUGCUUAGUAUCACUGCGCCAUUCAGGUGCUGCCGUCGCCAUGUCCUCGUUUCCCUUCACCAUCCAAGAACAUACAAUUGAAGCUUCACAUAUACGCGAAUACGCUCGUGCAACAUCGCACUCUCAAGAUGAAAAGCUAUAUCUUCACAUCAAGCAAUACACACCCAAGGACAACACAGCCCCUCAAAAGGGCGAUGUGACCAUCAUCGGCGGACACGCCAAUGGCUUCCCAAAGCAUGGCAAGGCCAAAGUGGACUCAUCAACCAAGACGCGAUUGGCAAUGAUCGUAAAACUCACUAUCCCCUCGCCCAAUCUUACCCAUGCUAACGUUCUUACAGCGAGCUGGCUUGACUAUGCCCGUGAUAUUCUUCACAUGAUCAACACAUUCCGUCCACCACCACCAAUAAUGGCAAUGGGUCACUCAUUCGGUGCAAAUGCUCUCACAAACGUUGCUCUUCUUCACCCUCGCAUCUUCACAUCUCUCGUCCUUCUCGACCCUGUCAUCUCACACUUUGCUUCCACGCCUGGCGCCUCAAGCGCAGGCCCCGCAGCAGCAAGCAUGGUUCGUCGCGAAGUCUGGCCCUCGCGCGCCGAAGCAGCCGCCUCUUUUGGUCGCAGCGCCUUCUAUAAGACAUGGGAUCCUCGUGUGUUGCAGCGCUGGAUAGACUUUGGCAUCAGAAAUAUACCAGGCCAAGAGAGUGUAACUUUAACCACGACAAAGCACCAGGAGAUCUUCACGUUCCUCCGUCCCAGUUGGCCAGCAUACGACCCUCAAGGCAAGGAUAUUAUCCACCCUGAACAUACCCCCGAUCUCGAUACAAGCCUCAACCGACGUUGGUCAACAUAUCCCGUCUACCGCCCCGAGGGGCCCAACACUGUUGCUCGCCUUCCUAAUGUCCGACCCAGCGUUCUAUACGUCUUUGGCGGCAAGAGUAAUGUUUCCCCCCUGGAGCUUCAGGACGAGAAGAUGGCUGUCACGGGAACCGGGGUCGGUGGUAGCGGUGGUGAGGCACAUGGUCGGGUCAAGAAGGUUGUCGGCGAGAACAACGGCCACUUGGUCCCUAUGGAAGAUCCUCGCAUGUGUGCCAGUGCUGCGGCUGACUGGAUUGAGGCAGAGCUCAAGCGGUGGUGGGUAGAUGAGCGCAGUUACGAGGAGUGGUCGAGCAAGUCCAAGGAGGAUAAGACGACUGUCUCAGACGAGUUCCAAAAGUACAUAGGCAAGCCUGCACCUCGCCCAGGCAAAGGCACAAAAGCAAAACUAUAG